AUUUUCCUUGAGCCUCUGGUGAAAUACUUGUGAGAAAGGAUGGCUGCAAAUAAGCCCAAGGGUCAGAACUCUUUGGCCCUACACAAAGUCAUCAUGGUGGGCAGCGGUGGUGUGGGCAAGUCGGCCCUGACACUGCAGUUCAUGUAUGAUGAGUUUGUGGAGGACUAUGAGCCUACCAAAGCAGACAGCUACAGGAAGAAGGUCGUGCUGGAUGGGGAGGAAGUGCAGAUCGAUAUCUUGGAUACAGCUGGGCAGGAGGACUAUGCUGCAAUCAGAGACAACUAUUUCCGGAGCGGGGAGGGCUUCCUCUGUGUCUUCUCUAUUACAGAAAUGGAAUCCUUUGCAGCCACCGCUGACUUCAGGGAGCAGAUUUUAAGAGUAAAGGAAGAUGAAAAUGUUCCUUUUCUACUGGUUGGUAACAAGUCAGAUUUAGAAGAUAAAAGGCAGGUUUCAGUAGAAGAGGCAAAAAACAGAGCCGAUCAGUGGAAUGUGAACUAUGUGGAAACAUCUGCGAAGACGCGAGCUAACGUGGACAAGGUAUUUUUUGAUUUAAUGAGGGAAAUUCGAGCCAGAAAGAUGGAAGACAGCAAAGAAAAGAAUGGAAAAAAGAAGAGGAAAAGUUUAGCCAAGAGAAUCAGAGAAAGAUGCUGCAUUUUAUAAUCAAAGCCCAAACUUCUUUCUUAUCUCGGCCAUACUAAUAAAUAUAAUUUAUAAGCAUUGCCAUCGAAGGCUCAAUUGACUGAAAUUACUUUUAACAUUUUGGAAAUUGUUAUGUAUCACUAAAAGCAUGAAUUGGAACUGCACUGAAAGUCAGAUUCACUUAAAAAAGAAAUUAAUGUGGCUUCACCAAGAAGCAAAGUUCAACUUAUUUCAUAAUUGCCUACAUUUACCACAGUCCUGAAUGUAGUGUGUGAGCUUGUAUUUCUUGGGCAGUCUUUCUCGAACUGUUAAAUAAAGAGAUGAAAUGGGGGUGGGGAAUGGAGGAAAGGCCACUUCCUCUGGCGUUUAUUAUAGAGCUUAAAUUUUAUAUCAUUUUAAAAUGUCUUGGUCUUCUACUGCCUUGAAAGAUGACAAUUGUGAACAUGAUAGCUAAACUGUACCUUUUUUUAACCAUUGUUAUGCAAAAUAUAGAAAAAGGUAUUGGCAUGGUUGUUGCAUAUAGUUCAACUGAGAGCAAUUCAUCUGUGAAUCUGCAUUAAUUACCUGGUGACUGACUUAGCAAAGUGGUGUAAAACUUGUGCAAGUUGGAAAUUUUUGAAUAUGCCUUAAUAUAGAAACUGAAAAAUAUCUGGUCACAUCAUUCUGGGUGUGUUCUCGCUGGUAGCAGGGGCC